UCCGGCUCGCCGACCGCACCUGCUACAACAUCUUCUCCUCGACUGGGAGAUUUGUCUCCUUGGACUCACUGCGGCAUCAGGAUGGGGAAUAUUCUGAACCAGAUCCUUGCAAAUACUACACGCCAUCCGAAACAAAACUACCAAGCCAGAACAGCAGAUGACCAGUUUAGACUGUCGAGUAUUCUGUUCUGUAGAGCUACAUUGGAACACACACGUUGUGUCUACAACAAGGGGGUAUCAGAUAGCCAUUUUGAACUGUGGAGCGUUCUUGUUUCCAGAGCUCUGUCGGGACAAGCCCGCCGUAUCUACAAGGAGGCCACAAAUGAUUAUUUUCGGCUUCUGAGUCUUCUGGUUUGCAGAGCUAUAUCAGAAUGCAUACGCCGUAAGCUAAUAGUAUAUGAGAAGGGGGUGGCGAUCGACCGAUUUCAGCUGUGGAGGAUUCUGAUUUGUAGAACUAUGUCGUACUUCAUUAGGCACAAGACAAUCUAUGAGAAGAGAAUAGCAGAUGCUCAAUUUCAACUGUUGACCCUUUCAAUAUGCAAAGCUAUAUCAGACUACCUCUGCUGCAGACCAAUCUGUAAAAAUGAAAUAUCAGUUGAUUGGUUUGUAAAUCUUCCUGAGGAUGUGCUACGCACAAUUUUAUCAAAACUGCCUCUCGAUGAGGUUAUAAGGACUGGUGUUCUGUCAAGCAAAUGGAGAUGUUUGUGGACAGUUUGUCCUAAACUAUGUUUUGAUGGCAUUACAAUGUUUGGCAAGAACAUGCAUAAUAAGAAAAUAAAACAUAGUACACAAAAGUUUAUUGACAAUGUUAAUACAGUCUUACAACAGUGCCAUGGAAGGGUAGUUGAAGAGCUUGGUGUCAAAUUUGAAUUUGACACCAUGCUGGUUGACCAUCUUAAUAGUUGGAUUAGAUUUGCUGUAUCAUCGCAUGCAAAGUUUCUAGCUUUUGAUUUAAAACCUUCUGGGUUGGAAGCUCUCAGCUGUCCUCAGUACAUAUUCCCUUUCCAACUUUUAGACAACAGUAGCAUAUCUCGUCUGCAGCAUAUUCAACUUUGCUUCGUGUCUGUCAAACCACCCGCACAGUUCAGUGGUUUCCCAAACCUUGCAAAGCUCUGUCUUAGCAGAGUGCAUGUUAGUUCAAAGGAUCUUCAUCAUAUGUUGUCCAGUUGUUGUAAUCUUGAGUGGUUGAGUAUUGGCCAAUGCUAUCAGCUUGGUGGUGAACUAAAGGUCGAUAGUCCACUUUCCCAUCUUCUAUACUUGAAUAUUGCGUUUUCUGAGCUAACGAGGAUCGAGUUUCAUGCUGUGGAACUGAGAACUUUUGUGUACGAAGGUCCGCCGGUACCUAUUCACCUCAAUAAAUCUACGGGACUAGAAAAUGCAGAUAUACAUUUUAUUGGAGUAACUAUUGAGGAUGCUGUGUCUGCACUAAAUAGUGUGCUCAUAAAUGUGCAAAAUCUGACCAUGAAAGUUCAUGUCAGACCACGGAAGCUACCAUGUGUGUUGGAAAAUUCACACAGUUUUUCUCAGUUGAAGAAUUUGCAACUCAAGCUGCUUUUCCACUACGAUAUCGACAGCCUAUCUUUGGUUAAAUUUCUUGGAGCUACUCCGUUCAUCGAAAAGUUAGAGAUGCAUUUCACCAGUCUUUUUGGGUUUUUCUAUGUGGAGAGAAAAACUAUAAGGAGAUUUGAGCAUGAACAGAAGUAUCUAAAGGACGUGUCUAUCACAGGAUUUAAAGCAUCCAUUGGCCAAGUUGAAUUGCUUGUGCACAUUGUGGAAAAUACCCCUGCAUUGGAUGUGUUGACCAUCGAUCAGUCAGAUAUAUUUAGGAAGGAAGAUGCUGGACAAGAAGAAGCAGACGAUAACAUGGAUGAACGUUAUGGAGUUAUUAGAGCAUAUAUUGAAGGAAAGGUUUCACCUGAAUGUUUCGUGAGAUUAAUUUAGAGGACGCUUUUUGUGCAAUGUACAGUUAUUUGUAACAGGAAGUGUGCUUGCCCAGUCUGUGAUAUUAUAGUUUUUCUUUGUAGAGAAGCAUGACAGCAUAUCUUUAGAUUGACUUUUAGGCCUUCCCUUUGUAACU